CUGAGUCAAGUCAACGUCGAGACGAGUCAUGUAUUCGAUGAGUCGCAUGUGAGAGCUUUGAGUUGAGUUGUGGUCAUGUCAUGGUCGCGUAUGGUCGUGUCCAAAGUGAUAAGGUCUUCGUUUUCUUUCUAGUGACUUUGCCAAAAAUUUUUUUUUUGCUGAGUGGUUCACGAAAGCCAUCGUUAGCAGUGUGAGCUGUAAAUCAGGUAGUCUGACUGCUGCUUCUAGGCUACGAAAACGAUGGACGACCAGCUUGUGUCUCGGGUUCGUAAGAAGCUUAAUGACGAGAGCAUCAAACUGUGGCUACCUCCUUUUACUGUGAACGAUGAGGAAGGUAUCAUUCCCGAUAAAUUGGUGGCGCGGUAUGCGACUGAAUUGCAGCUGGAUCCAGGUGUUGUGCUUACUCUCCUCAGGCAUUUGAGAUGCCAUGCCGUUGCAAAACUGGCAGCGAACAGAAAGUACCAAAGUACUGGUAUUGCUACCUUGAGAGUAAGAGUUGUCAACCCUCGUCAGCAACCACGCAAGGAUUUUGAACUGGUUGAAAUCAUGCUGCAAGAAAGUGGUCAGAAGUUGCGAGAAAUGGUUGCUUCCAUGUGUGGUAUGGACCCAUCCAUGGUCAAAUUAAUCUCUGGUGGCAGGGUCAUCCAGGAUGGCAAUCCCUUGCAAGACCAAGGUGUGAGGCAUAACGGGCAAUUAAUGGCACUGGUUCUUGUGGAAACUGCUGAUGAGUCAAGAGAACGAGAAAGGCAGGAAGUCGAACUGAAGAAUAUCCGUGAUGACGCUGGCCUUCUGUCCUCUGUUGAUUCAGAUGACCCUGGUAGCAGCAGAUAUUAUAUGCAGAUCGCUGACCAAACUGGAAAGCCCAUUGCUCUCCCCAUGGCAGAAAAGAAGGCACUUGGUGUUGCUAUGGUCCUCCAUGAGAAAGGUCGUGCAGCUUUGAAGCGGAAGAAGUACAGUGAGGCUUUGUUGCUGCUGCUUGAAGCUGACAAAGAGUUCAGGACCUGCAAUUCAGAGCUGCUGACAAAAGUGGACAACUACGCACUGCUGUGCCUUGACAUUGCCUGGUGCUACCUCUCAUUGAGAAGUGUUGACCAACUGUUCGACGCCGAGGCACGACUCAAGGAGUGCGAAAAUGGCUUCCGUCACUCUUAUGGCGAGAAUCUGGAACGGCUCACUGCGAUCAAGGGUGGCACCAACAAGGAAGCAGCUCUCUUCUGCCGUUUACAUAUGCUACAAGGCAUCGUGGCCUUUCACAAGGAGCAUUACCCUCAGGCACGGCAGUAUCUAGAAAAGGCAGCUGCUCUUAUUUCACGGCUCAAGCUUGAUGACUCCAAACUGGCACAGGUCAUGGCACUGGGCUUCUCGGAAUCUGUCGCCCGCUUGGCCUUGCGUGCUACUGGAGGAGACGUGGACCUAGCUGUGCAGCACAUCAUUACACAACAAGACAAGAAGAAAGCUCAACAUGAAAAAGAGCUAGAAGAAAGGAAGCUGAAGCUGCGAAAACGCAGCCUGGGCAAAACAUGCAAUGGAGAGUGGGUUAGUGUAGAGACUUACGACGCCUUGAAGGCCAUGGGCUUCUCGUCGAGUAAUGCACGCCACGCUCUGCAGCAGGCCAACAAUGACAUAAAUGUUGCAAUUCAGGUGCUCCAGCAGCCACAGCAGCAGCUUCCCACAUCUGCAUCGAGCACUUCGGUGGCAACUACAUCUUCAGCAACACAGUCUGUGUUGGGAAUGAAUCAAAGUGUUUGGGCCCAGUUAGCUCAGCAGAGCAUUUCACCUGACAUGUGGGCCACAUUGACGAGGCUUGGCAUUGACUUUGAAGUUGUCUGUGAGGCACUGUGGAGAAAUAAUGGUGAUGUGGAUGCAACACUAAGUGAAAUCUUGGGGGACAGCGAGAAUGCUGGCGAUGGAAAGGAGCGGGAAGCCAUGGAACGGCUCGCACAUGAUAUCUCUGUCAACGAAGAGGAUUUCCUUGAUGUAUCCCUUGACGAAGAGCUUUCCUAUCUCAAGGAAUAUGAGGCAAAGCUUGCAAGCUUGGGGCAUUGAUGCUUCUUUAUGCUGCAGCCAGAACUGUGUUGUGUCAAUGCAUGGAGGAGUUGUGCAUCCAGAUUGAUCUCCAUGUGAAUAUAUGUUCCUGCUGCUGCAGUCAAAAUUGUGUUGUGUGAAUGCAUGGAGGGAGUAAACAUCCAGAUUGAGCCCUAUACGUACCUGUUGUGUGAUGCAAUACAUUAAAGCCCAUUUUUAUAGCUACUGCCAUAGCUCCGAUUGUAAGAACUGAAAACUGUCUCACCUGUCCAUGCAGUGCAACAUGUAUACCAGGACAGCAGUUUGAAGUGUAUUUUCUUACAUUCAUGUGUGCUGUGUUUAGUGCAGAUAUCACAUUGAUAUCCAGAACUGCACUCCAUUAGGCUUGAAUAUUGUGUAACCUCUUCAUUAGUGCAUGACUGAUGAAGCAGGUUGCCUUUUGAUGCAUUUGUAGAGGUGAUGUGCUGUUCACUGCCAAUUUUAAUAGUGCCAUAGGUUUUCAGUCCAAAGUUUUGCACUGCCUGCCCAUUUUGCACAUCACAGGCUGUUGCAUCAUGUUGAUUCUUAAUGCGAGUGUGGUGCACUGUCGCAAUGGGCUAACCAGGUUGGCCAACACUGUCCGCUAACAUGUUCACUGUUCUGCCACCGCUAUCAAAUCGUUGCUUUGAUGUGACAGAACCAUCAACAUUUAGCAGACAAUGUUGACCUAGUAAUGGUACUUCUGUUUGGACCACAUUCUUGAAGUUAAGUAAUGUGAAAAGACGAAGACAAUCUUUGCCAGCUCUAAUUUAUUUGUGGUGUCACUUAAAAUUAAAUUUCAUUUCUACAUAGUCAUGCUUAAGGUGUUAUCGUUGACUAUGCUUGCAUUGAUCUUUCGCAUUUAGUGCCCUUUGUUAUUUAUUUUAACUUCACUCAGUUUAUCUGGGUUCACUUUUUCUGUGAUACUCUGUUCAUUUCAUGAGACCAUACCCAGCAUUUUAUCUUGUUAUAUUUUGUUUAUAUUUAUGCUUGUUAUUGUUUAGGCAUUGUGUCGGGUUUGAUGAUGGGUCGUGGCGGUCGCGUCACAGGGUUCCUUUUGUACAAAAAAAUCUUGUGGGCUUACUUUUUGUAAUAAAUGGGCCUAUAUCUUGUCGAUCAAAUGUAAUGGGAUAGCACUUUGUAAAAGAUCUUGACGGGUAAGGUUUUAUUCGAUGUUGUUGCUCUGUGUGCGUGUGUGCCUUUGUCUUUUCACACAGUUUACCAUUAAUAGUGUUGGUCACCUGCUUGCCCAAUGUGAUACACCUUAGAAAAAGAAAAAAACAUGUUCUCAUUGUACCACUUCACUUGACAAAAUUUUAUAUUUGAUAUAAAGAAUUCAUUUCACUCAUGUCAUAUUUUUAAAAAUUAUUGUUAAAUCUGUUUGUUUAUUGUAUGUUUUUGCAUAUAAAGUCUCCCUCACAACUGUU